UUCAAUUCGGCUGGACGCGGAUCCGUCGCUCCAACCUUGGAAGGCUGCAUUCAUCCCAGAUUUGCUGCUUUUCGAGCUGAGCAGCAUUGCCGGUCGAACGAGCAAGCACUCGCCGCCAUGAUCUGCCGAGCCUGCCUGCGCGCCCGCUGGGCCCUCGCGGCCAAUGCUAAUCCCGCGCAGCGAUUCCUGCAUCUGUCCGCCCCGAGCCGAUCGCUCUCGGUAGCCGCGACAAGUCAAUUCCGGUCCGCUCGGGCUGCGUGUCUGCCCCGCCAGCUCCCGCCGCACCAUGCUUCCACACCAGCCGCCCGGCAGCUCUCGAGCUCGGCGGCCCGGCCGUCCGCCUCGGCGCAGCCAAGCGAGGCGGCCCCGGCGCCCGCAGACGCGCUGGAAAAGCCGAGCUUCCUCUCCGAAGGCGAGUCGCAGGUCUGGGACCGGCUGGCGGCCGAAUUUGCGCCCACGCAGCUCGUGGUGCAGGACAUCUCGGGCGGCUGCGGGUCCAUGUACGGCAUCGAGAUCAGCUCCGAGAAGUUCCGCGGCUUGACCGUGCUGAAGCAGCAGCGGCUCGUCAACGCCGCGCUCGGCGACCUCAUGAAGGACUGGCACGGCGUGCAGCUCAAGACGAGGGUUCCGUGAGGGAGGUGGUGGCGCCUACAUUUUCAGAGAAUUGGCAAUAGUCUGGAGUCUCCGAUUGUUUUGAGCUUCCCUGCCGUCGAAGCUCACAGCCACCGGCCUUUAAUGCUCUAUCCACCAAAUCGCAGCAUCUCCACUUGCCUUGGCACGCGUCUCAUUCCUUGC